AAGGCACAGGUAGAUGCCAAAGUAUACAAGCUCGAGGCCAUCCUAGUAGCUCGCAGGAGGGAGCUUCACUCCCAGAUAGAUGGUGAGGUGUGUCAGGGGAAGAAGGAGCUGGCGGCCCGGAUUGACGGACACGAGUUGAGGCAGGCCCAGCUGAGCAGCUGCGUAGAGUUUGUGGAGGGGAGUCUGCAGAAUGGCACACAAGAGGAGGUGCUGUCGAUGAAGAGACAAGUGGAGGAGAGGGCACGGGAGAUGGCAGAGGAGUUCAAACCUCAGCAACUGGUGUUGGGUCCAGAGAAGGAGAUUAGUGCGGUGUGUGCAGACUUGAGCUCAGCAUGUCAGACAUUAGGAGAAGUGAAGUUUGAAACCAUCUUUAGAGGUACUCAUGUCAAGACCAUUGGUGAAGUAAAGCACCCACGUCAUAUUGCUUUUGCCAAAACUGGGGAAACCGUUGUAUGUGAGCGAAAUGCUAACUGUAUGAAAGUCUUUGACAGUAAUCACAGGCUGUUGCGAUCGUUUGGAAACACAGGACCAGAGGAAAGCAGACUUUUUGAACCAAGAGGAGUAGCCAUCUCUUUUGAUAACACAUUGAUUGUAGUAGGUGGGGAUCAUAGUGUGAAAAAAUUCACUCUUGAGGGUCAGUUCAUAGCAUCAGUGGGUUCAGAGGGCAGUGGACGACUGCAGUCACACACACCAUUUGCCAUAGCCUACAACCACACCAACAACAGACUGUAUGUCUGUGACACUUUCAACCAUCGCAUC